ACUUUUAUAACCUAGAGAGAUUCAAAUAAAACGGAGAACAAAUUGGCACUGAUAGAAAAGAAAUUGAAUUUAAAUCGAUACUAGUGUUAGAAAACAAAGAAGGGACAUGAAAGACAUAAGACAUAAAACUGUCGGAAGCUAUAGAGAAGAGUUUUGGUGCAGUAAAAAACGCUAAAUGUCUGCGAGGAGGUAAAGUAAUAGUGAUAGCUAACAGUCAAAAACAGCUAGACCAAAUCAUGAAAUGUAAAACACUAAAUGGAGGAAAAAUAACGACGAAAGAGUCAUCUCAGGGGUUUCAACAUCAGUCACACAUGAAGAAAUGAAAGAAAACUUCAAAGGAGGAAUCGUAAGAUGUCAAACGGCUAAUAGAGACAAAAAACAGGACAGUUUCAGUGUAAUGAAAAAACAAAACAAACUAUGCAGUAAAAGAAAACAACAUCAAAGAACCAACAAAAUGUUCACAUAAAUGUGUAGUGUCAUAGCUGACAGCUGCGUUAUUCCCAUAAUGCACCUUAGUAAAAUAUAUUUAUUUAUUUAUUGAUAAUUUUAGCUAGAGUUUUUUAUAUUAUUUUAUCAGUAUUUUAUUUCUCUUUAUUCACUAAAUAAAAACAAACAAUUGCAUUUUAUUUUUUGUCAAAUAAGAUGCUGCACGACAGAUCUGUUUGAUAUUAAAACAUGGAUGAAAAAUAUCUUGGUUGUAUGAUAUUCCUUACAAACAAUCAGCAGUACGUUUAACUAUAUCAUAAUAUAUUUCUGUUAACAUUUCUUCGAAGUUAAAGCAAACUUUUAUUUUGGCCAUGAAGUUUUUUCCAAAUGAAACAGUGAAAAUGUCAGAAGUGCCUCAGAGCAGUUGGAGAUGCUGUGAGAAGGCCUUAAUCUCUGCUGUUGGUGAAACUCACAUAAUAGUUUGUGGUGACAUUAAACGUUCCUCCAUACCAUCUCUCCUCCGUCCUUGGGUUGACAGGUAUCCAUUUCAAGGAUACUACACAUUAGUAAAAUGAUCAAUUUUCUUUUCUUUUGUCUACAGAUAAACUUUGCGGCCACGGUACAUUAUAAAAGUAGCCCAAAAUACUGCAACCCUUGGCUCUGUCAUUUUUCCCUCGACUGCAUUUUCAAAAUAGCCCAAUUGUGUAGGAAAACCGCGACCCUGGCAACAAUGGCUAACGGACAAGUAUUGAAGAAGUAAAUAAAUGAUGAAAUUUAAAAAAAAAAAAACUGAAAACAUACAAUAAGCAUGGUUACAACCAAAAUAUGAUUUUAUAAUUAAAGGAUGUAAUGUUCUUAAAAAAAGAUAGGAAACAUGGUAGAGGAGGUGGUGUGAUUACAUUUAUUAAACAGACUUUAAUAUAGAAAACAAAGUAUGCCAAAUAAAAUUUAAUGUAUAGCUGUGGAAAUAUCCGCUCAAGUCAUGACGUAAGGAAUGCCGUUUCUGGGUCCAAGCCUCGACUCGUUUCACUUGAGAAUGCCAUCGACGGCCGUUUAUGAGCGCUAUUUAUUCAUAAAUAAAUUUUUAAAACAUCAAACAUUUAAAAAAGUUAAACACUUAAAAUUCUUACAGUCUACACAACAGUCUCUGUUUUCACAGCGUCACAUACAGUAAUAUUUUAACGAUUUAUAAAAGAUGAAUCACUGUCUGGCCAUCUGGAAUUUUGGUAUGGAGAUAAACGUUACGAACCUUUUUUGUAGUAUUACACCACAUUGUGUGUGUAUAUUAGCACCGUUUGUUGUUUUUCUUGUGGUAUGAGAGAGUGUUUGGACCCGGAAGCGCUGACGCGUGACAUCAGACUUAACAACCGAAUGUGGGGAAGAAGAAAGUCUAACAAUUUGCAAUAUAUAUAAUCCAUGUAAGCCUAUAUCAAUGAGUAUUUUGGAGGAAAUUAAUAAAUUUAACAGACCAGAAAUAUGGUGUGGAGAUUAUAACGUGCACAACACAUUAUGGGGUAGUGAAAACACUGACACAAAUGGUAAAGUAGAUCGUACAUUAAUAUGUUUAAAUGAUGGCACAAGGCACAAGAAUAGACAUGUAGAUGUCAAACUUAGAUCUGACUCAAGUGUCUGCCUCACUGGUGAAUAGAUGGGAAUGGAAUAUAGUAGAGAACCCUAUGGGAAGUGAUCAUUAUCCAGUAUAUUGCACAAUAGAUGUUAGAAUGAGGCAAUACAAGCAAAUAAAUGGUGAAAAAUGGUGUUUUGAUAAAGCAAACUGGGAGUUAUUUAAAUUAUUAUUUUAUACAAAUAAUAAUAUUAACAACAAAAGCUUGGAUAUAGAUAAACAUGCUGAGAGUCUAAUGCUGCAAAAAAUAGUAUCCAAAGGAGCACAGGCAGAGACAGGCAGAGAGAAAGAAAUAGCAGAUCAGUUAGCAAAAAAGGCAACCAAAGUCCCAUUAGGAAGAGGAGAAAUGAAAUCAAUUAUUAAAUCAAAUAUUCAAAAAGAGUGGCACAUAGCUGAUACAGGAAAAAUUUAUUAUAAAAUCAAAGAAACAUACAAUUUUGAAAGAUGUAGGAAAGAUGAGGUGAUUUUAACUGAUCACAAUUUAGACACACAGGAAUAAAUGCAAAACUAUACAAAAUAGAUAAACAUAUUAUAAGUAAAUGUGCCUUUUUGUGGGGUAAUAGAAAGCGUUGAACAUGUAAUAUUAAAACGUCAGAAAUAAUAUAGAGAGAAUUAAAAUACAAAGGUAAUACAAAGGAAAAAAAUAAAUUGGAUAUUAGGAAAAGGAUUAAAAGAAGGUACUAAAGAAUAGUAUGGAAUAUAUAUAGUAGAAACAGAAUUAAACAAAUUUAGGGAAUUUAAAUAAAUAAAGGAAUAUGGGAACACACAAGCUGUUUGUUUGUUUUUUGGCAUGGGAGCUGAACACACGCAGCAGCCAGAAAUACAGAUUGGGUGAACCUGAAAUAAAACAAACAAUAAAAUAAAAUAUGAAUAGAGACGGGACUAUCAUCCAUGUAUGAAUAAAAACAGUAGGUGGCAGUAUGUGCCUAUGGUGCAGAAUAUGGCAAAAUUCCAAAGAGGAAGAAUGAGAGCAGAAAGACAUGCAAGACGGAGAUUGAGAGCAGCGAAAGAAUUAAGCUGUAUUAACUGAAAAAAGAAAUUAAGAAGUUGAAAAUAAGCAUAUACAUAUCAGUAGGAUGAUAAAGAUUUGUGUCAUGCACCAAGUGGUGAAACGAACUUGAGUUUGAUUCAGUUGAACCAAACAAGACAGGUGUGAAAACACCCUUAAAGCUCCCAUUGGUUCCAGACCUUCAGCAUCAGACAAUAGUUUGUGUUCAUUAAUAAAAUUCAAAGAUGUGAAUGAGUGAAGGAUGAUGGCGUCUGUUUCAGAUCACCUUCUGGAUGCUCUGGAUGAUCUCGACACAGAUGAACUGAAGAGGUUUAAAUGGCGCUUAAAAAAUCAUAAGGGCUUUUCAAGGACUGCUCUUCAGAAAGCAGACGCCCCUGACACAGUGGAUCUGAUGAUGAAGUGUUUUGGACCAGAAGAAGCUGUGAAGAUCAUGGUGGACAUCCUGAGGAAGAUGAACCAGAACCAUGUGGCUGAACAGUUAGAGAACAAACACAAGCAAGUCACUUUCCCCAACAUUGUUUCCAGGACCAGGAACGACUUCCUACAAUAUUCCCAUCAGCUCACUCUGGAUCUGAACACAGUGAAUAAACGCCUCUGUCUGUCUGAGAGGAACAGAGUGAUUACUAACACCAACACAGUCCAGCAGUAUCCUGAUCAUCCAGACAGAUUUGAUCAUUGGGAGCAGGUGUUGUGUAGAGAAAGUGCAUGUGGACGCUGUUACUGGGAGAUUGAGUGGAGUGGACGUGUGUCUAUAUCAGUGUCAUAUAUGAGCAUAAGCAGGAAGGGAUGGGACAAUGAGUGUGUGUUUGGACGUAAUGAUCAGUCCUGGAGUUUGAUCUGCUCUUCCUCCAUUUUCUCAUUCAGACACAAUGACAUAGAGACUGAACUCCCUGUAGUGUCCAGCCGCAGAAUAGGAGUGUAUGUGAAUCACAGUGCAGGAACUCUGUCCUUCUACAGCGUCUCUGGAGACACAAUGAGCCUCAUCCACACAGUCCAGACCACAUUCACUCAACCGCUCUAUCCUGGGUUUACGGUUUAUAAAGGAUUAGUGAAACUGUGUUGAUGUAUCAGAAUAAGAUUAUAGAGUCUCUUAUUUUCUCUUCAUUACAUUAAUACUACAGCUGAACUACUGUCAGUGGAAUAACAUUUCAGAAUUAAUGUGUGUCAUAAAUCUUCAUAUAGACAAACAUCCUUCUCAUUACAAGAAGAGUAUCUAUUGAAACCAACCUGCAAGAACGAAGGAAUUGUACAAACACAUUUAUCAUAAAUCAACAAAUUAAUUAAAACAGCAACAUGCAACAUUCAUUCAUUUUACACGGCAAUAUAUUUUUAAACAUAUUCAAAGAAGGAAUUGUUUCUAGUGGAGUAAUAACUUUAAAUUCAUUCCACAGCCAUGGAGCGUAGUAAGAGAAAGCCAAUUUUCCAUGUUCUGCAGAGUUGCCAGGUUUUCACAACAAAACCCGCCCAAUUGCUUGUCAAAACUAGCCCAUUGGCAUUUCAGGGGGGUCCCACAGUAAAACGCGUUCCAGGGACUAAAUAUCACAUUAUUUUGGGUUGAUUCAACCCACGGAUAUGAAAAACAACCCGCAGCAACAGUGUAAAAGUAGCCCAAUUCCGUGGGAAAACCGCAGACUUGGCAACACUGAUGUUCUGAGUGUACCCUAGGUACUUAUAGUUUAAUUCCAAUUGAUGAUCUGGUGCUAUAGUUCCUUUUACACAAACAUAAAAGAUUAGUAAUGUAAUUUGGAAGCAUACCCAGCAAUGCCUUUAUAGUAUAUACCAAUAUAUGUGAUUUCCUUCUUUGGUAUAAGGAGGUCCAACCUACAUAGUUAUACAACAAACAAUGAUGAGCAUGUGAGCAAGCAUGUGUUAUAAAACGCAAUCCAGCAGAAACACAAUCCAAUCUUUUCAGUAAAUAUAUAGAAACAUGCAUAUAAAUAAUAUCACCAUAGUCUAAAAUGUGUAAAAAAAUUGCUUUUGUUGUUAGUUGUUACUCUUUCUAUAUGCACGUCAUCAAUAUUAUGGAUAGACGGAGCAGUGGUCAUAGAACGACUACUUGUAAAAAAAUAAUAUACUUAGUUUUAUUUGCAUUUAAAACUAAUUUCAGUUUUAAUAAAUUAAGCUGAAAAGUAUUAAAAGAAUCCUGGAGAAUUUCAAUAGCUUGUGACAAAGAGGAUGCAGCUGAAUAAAUAAUUGUAUCGACAGCAUAAAAAUGUAACUUUGCGGGUUUUAUUCCCUGCCCAAAUUCAUUAAUAAAAAUAGAAAAAAGAAGUGGUGCCAGUAAAGAACCUUGAGGGACACCCUUCUUAACUGUUAACACGGAUGAAAUGUAAUUAUCUGCAGCAACACAUUAAGUUCUAUCAGAUAAAUAGUUUUUAAACCAACCCAAGGCCGAAUUACAGAGGCCUAUACUUUUAAGCCUCUGUAACGGUAAGACAUGAUCCACUUAGUCAAAUGCUUUUGUCAAAUCAGCAAACAAUAAACAAUCAAUAAACAAACAGUUAAUUUCCUUA